UACCUCCGGACAGAGUUGCACCAGGGUUCGUGCCACUGCAGGGGGAAAAAAUCACCGGCAAGAAUGGAUUUCUAACAUCGUUUUUCCUUUCUGUCCUUUACCCGACUGACGUCAUCAUCAAUGUCUCUCACAAUUUUUAACUAACAAAAUGAGGAUUUCUUGUAAUCAGCUUUUACUGCUGUUCUCGUGCGUUUGGGGUCUCACUAUGGGUGCUUUUCCGAGCAGCGUUCAAAUCGGUGGGCUGUUCAUCAGGAACACAGAUCAGGAGUACACUGCCUUUCGGUUGGCCAUUUUUCUUCACAACACAAGUCCUAACGCAUCCGAGGCCCCCUUUAACCUGGUUCCCCACGUGGACAACAUUGAGACAGCCAACAGCUUUGCCGUGACCAAUGCCUUCUGUUCCCAGUACUCGCGGGGCGUGUUUGCCAUUUUCGGCCUGUAUGACAAGCGUUCGGUUCACACGCUAACAUCCUUCUGUGGUGCGCUGCACAUUUCCCUCAUCACGCCCAGUUUCCCCACCGAGGGCGAGAGCCAGUUCGUCUUACAGCUGCGGCCAUCCAUACGAGGGGCCCUUCUCAGCCUCCUAGACCACUAUGACUGGAAGCGUUUUGUCUUUCUGUAUGAUACUGACAGAGGAUAUUCAAUACUACAGGCCAUCAUGGAAAAAGCAGGGCAGAACAGUUGGCAGGUCAGUGCCAUAUGCGUCGAAAACUUUAAUGACGCCAGUUACCGACAGCUUCUCGAAGACCUGGACCGCAGACAGGAAAAGACGUUUGUGAUAGACCUGGAAGCAGAGAGACUUAACAACAUGCUGGAACAGAUUGUGAGCGUCGGCAAGCAUGUCAAAGGCUACCAUUACAUCAUGGCGAAUAUGGGUUUUAAGGACAUCAACCUGGAGCGUUUCAUGCAUGGGGGAGCCAAUGUGACAGGCUUUCAGUUGGUGGACUUCAGUAAUCCCAUGGUUAUUAAACUCAUGCAGCGUUGGAACAAGUUGGACCAGCGCGAGUACCCCGGCUCUGACACGCCUCCCAAGUACACCUCUGCACUGACAUACGAUGGUGUGAUGGUGAUGGCAGAAGCCUUCCGGAACCUUCGGCGACAGAAGGUGGACAUCUCCCGCAGGGGCAAUGCUGGAGAUUGCCUAGCCAACCCCGCAGCACCCUGGAACCAGGGUAUCGACAUGGAGCGCACACUCAAACAGGUGCGCCUUCAAGGAUUAACAGGAAAUGUCCAAUUCGACCACUAUGGGCGCAGAGUCAACUACACUAUGGAUGUAUUAGAAUUAAAAAGUAACGGCCCUAGAAGGAUCGGCUAUUGGAAUGAUGCUGAUAAAUUGGUUCUGACCCAGGAUCAUGCCUUACUUCCCAAUGAAACGUCUGGCAUGGAGAACAGAACCGUUAUUGUGACAACUAUUAUGGAAGGGCCUUAUGUAAUGCUGAAGAAGAACUGGGAGCAGUACGAUGGGAAUGAGCAAUAUGAGGGAUAUUGCGUGGAUCUGGCAUCUGAAAUCGCCAGACACAUCGGUUUCAAGUACAAGAUCUCCAUCGUACCAGAUGGAAAGUACGGAGCUCGAGACCCAGAGACAAAGAUCUGGAAUGGGAUGGUUGGGGAGCUGGUGUACGGGAAAGCGGAAAUCGCUGUGGCCCCAUUGACUAUUACUCUGGUCCGGGAGGAGGUCAUUGACUUCUCCAAGCCCUUCAUGAGCUUGGGCAUCUCCAUCAUGAUCAAGAAGCCCCAGAAGUCCAAACCAGGUGUCUUCUCCUUUCUGGACCCAUUGGCCUACGAGAUCUGGAUGUGCAUUGUGUUUGCCUAUAUCGGCGUGAGCGUGGUGCUCUUCCUGGUCAGCCGCUUCAGCCCGUACGAAUGGCACACCGAGGAGCCCGAGGAGGGUACUGAUGGUCUGCCAAGCGACCAGCCCCCCAAUGAGUUUGGGAUCUUCAACAGUCUCUGGUUUUCCCUGGGAGCCUUCAUGCAGCAAGGUUGCGAUAUCUCACCCAGGUCUCUGUCUGGACGCAUCGUGGGUGGAGUGUGGUGGUUUUUCACUCUCAUUAUCAUCUCCUCCUACACGGCCAACCUGGCUGCUUUCCUCACUGUGGAGAGGAUGGUGUCACCCAUUGAGAGCGCAGAGGACCUGGCCAAGCAGACAGACAUAGCGUAUGGUACACUAGACUCAGGCUCCACCAAAGAGUUCUUCAGGAGGUCAAAGAUCGCCGUUUAUGAGAAAAUGUGGAGCUACAUGAAGUCAGCCGAGCCCACGGUAUUCACUAAAACCACGGCAGAGGGUGUGGCACGGGUGAGAAAGUCCAAAGGAAAGUACGCCUUCCUACUGGAGUCGACUAUGAACGAGUAUACGGAACAGCGCAAACCCUGCGACACCAUGAAAGUUGGAGGCAACCUGGACUCCAAAGGCUACGGGGUGGCCACGCCCAAGGGCUCACAGUUAAGAAGUGCAGUUAACCUGGCUGUUUUAAAACUGAAUGAACAAGGCCUGUUGGACAAAUUGAAAAACAAGUGGUGGUACGACAAAGGAGAAUGUGGCAGCGGAGGAGGUGGUGAGAAGGACAAGAGCUCACAGGCCCUCAGCCUCAGUAAUGUGGCUGGGGUCUUCUACAUCCUGGUCGGUGGCCUGGGCCUGGCCAUGCUGGUGGCUCUCAUCGAGUUCUGCUACAAGUCCCGAAACGAGGCCAAGAGAAUGAAGCUCACCUUCACCGAAGCCAUGCGGAAUAAGGCGCGCCUGUCUAUUACAGGGAGCGUGGGUGAGAACGGCCGCGUCCUGACUCCCGACUGCCCAAAGGCUGUCCACUCUGGCCCCUCCUUACGACAGAGCUCCGGACUGGCUCUGGUGUCAUCUGACUUACCAUGAAAACCAAAAGCGUUCAAGUGCCUUAAACUUCACAGAAACCACAAACAAUACAUCAGAAAACCAACCCUACAGCAAUGACGCCAACAAGCUGAGCAAUCGUUCUGACAAGGAACUAAAAAAUCUGAGAUUUCAAAGACAGACAGGAACUGAGGGCCCCUGGCAGCUCCACACACUGGACUCCCUGGGGUGCCAACACAAGAUAUAUGGAGGAUGGUUAUAGCACAGACUGUGAAACUUCUGUGAUUUUGUAAUUUACAUUCAAAAAACAUGCUCAGAACUGCUUACUUUUUCAUUGAAGCAGAUGAACAGGAAGGAAGGGAUCACAACCAAUUCAAAUAUGGGAUAAAUCUUGUUAGUUGUUUGGCAAAAUAAUCUUCUGUUAAAUUUGCUUGUUCUAACACUCUGCCAUAACCCUUGCCAAACCAAAACACUGUACAAGUAACUCAACAUUCAUCACUAAAAUGGGCAUACAUUUGCCUUGGAGGGUAUUAUUAACAUGGACAAUAACAGAUAUGGUAUGAAUGAAUACUUGUGAAUUAAACUGUGAAGAAGAGUUAAUAUAUAUUCUAUAAAAUCAUACCUAAAUAAAUUAUUUACAUGGUUUUGUAAAUAGAAGACUGUACAACUCGCUUGCUUUUUAAAGAAGUUGUAAAUAGCCGAUUCUGUAGUGGAAGAGUGUAAUUCUUUUUUUAAACCAUCUUUAGAAAAGGAUUAAUCGCAAUAAUGGGUAGAAAUUUAAAACGAUUAUUUGAUAUAUGUAGAUGUAAAUGAACUUCUGUGAAUUUAUUAACAUGGGCAUGUUAUCAGUGCCAGUGAACUAUGCGCCCAUGAUUCUCGGGAAUGUGGCACACACCCUCAGCCAAUGCUCUUUCCCAAGCCAUUCCCUGCAUAAUCACUGUGCAGUUGUAGACCAUGGUACCCUAUAGACUGUUUUAUUUCCAGAGAAACAGAUUUUAUUUUUUAUUUAUGUGAUAAUUAUUGAAAGGUAUUGAGAAAAUAUUGAAAAGUAUUUAAAUGUUUGUCCAUUCAUUUUAGAGCACAUGUCUUUAUUAAUUAUAUUAAGAACAUUUUUAAACUAAAAUAAAUUGGACGGGAAGAGCUGUCCAGUUAAAUCGCAACCUUUUCUUUAAAGUCUAAUUGUGCAAAUGAAAUUACAAAUCAAAAAUUGUGAAAACACUGAACACCUUUGAAGAAAAUGUUUGUAUUUUGAGAGCCAUGGUUAGAGCUCAGCUUUGGCCUUUUUUCUGAAAAACACUGUGUAACCUCAUUUAGGCCUUCAGCAACUGUUCUCCAGAAACUGUAGCAAUGGGACUGAAUCUGUCCACAUGGGCCUUUGCUGGACAACUGGACGUAAGGACAAUAAAUGGACAAUCUUGAAGCUUCAGGACACCAUAAUAGAAUACUGAUCAAUCUGUAUCUGUUUACUGCCCAAUUCUGUUAAACUUGCAUUUUACCUGGUAAAUUGCAGUUUAUGAUCCUUUCUGUUCUAAUUACCAGUACCCCUUUGUCUUGAUAAAUACAUUUGCACCUUCACUUAAGCACACAAUGUGCAAUGUGUCUGUCUCGCUUUGUAUUUCCUCUUCUCCUUUCACUCUCAUUCUCUCUGAAUGAACAUAUUUGGAGACCCAUUGUCUCUAAAGCUGUGAUGAAAAGUGGUGUCCUAAACUGGUCAAAAUGUUGAAAUUGUAAAUAUUUAUUUUGAUCUUCAUUUUUUAGUAAAAUAUUA